AUGCCUAGCCCUUCCAACUUCAUCAGCUCCGCCUUUAAUGGCGUCCGUCGCGGCUCCAAGCGGUCGUCCAGCAAGACACCCAGAAAGGACGCAAAUGAAUCCGACUCCCAAGUGAGCGGAAAGGCCGGAACUGGUGAUGCCAGCAGGACAGGCAGCCCACUCGCAAACCCCAGUAACGUGUCCACACCAAAGACGGCCGACCAGCCCCCGACGCCCUCGGAGACCACUACCACCACUUCAGCCUCCGACAAUACAGCCUCUGGCAACGGUAGCCAUGAAGUCGCCUCGCCCGAGAGCGCCAAAGGUGCUGCCGAUGCUGGCAGCGCUGCCCCGAACAGCGUACCCGUCAUCCUACCGGAUCAUCGCAAGAUUCUCGCCCGCAUCAAUGACAGCGGGCUCGACCUGAAGGGAAACGGCCACCAGAGCCCCGCCCGUUCCAGUGUCGAUGUCAUGUCCAGCCGCCGCUCUUCCAUGGAGAGCGGUCGCACCGGAGCCAGCAAUGAACUGCACGUCCACCCCGGCGAGGUCAUGGCCAUUUCCCAGCUCGAUAAAGUACCCAUUGGUACCGAGGUCGAGUUCCGCGCUCGCAUCCAUACCCAGCGGCAGCUCUCCAAGGCCCUCGACUUCCUGCUGCUGCGCGACCAGACCCACUCCAUACAGGGUGUCCUCGCGCGUGAUGAUCUGGAGAUGAUCAAGUGGGUGCACAAGCUGCACCCCGAGUCCCUCGUUCAGGUCAGGGGCAUUCUCAAGGAGCCCCCGGAGCCCGUCCGCUCUGCCUCCCACCCCGGUAUCGAGGUGUCCGUCAGCAGCAUCCAUCUCGUCAAUGCUGCCCAACAUGCGCCCUGGAACAACUACAAACCUCCCGAGUCGCUGCGCAACCGCAUGUCCGCUCGUAUCCUCGAUCUCCGUCACCCUUCGAACCAGGUUCUUUUCAGGGUCCGUUCCCUCGUCGCCCGGAAGUUCCGUGAUACCCUCGAGGACAAGGGCUUCGUCGAGAUCAACUCACCCAAGCUCCAGCCCGCUGCCACCGAGACGGGCGCUGCCGUCUUCAAAGUUAACUACUUCGGUCGCAACGCGUUCCUUGCUCAGAGCCCCCAGCUGUCUAAGCAGAUGGCUGUCUCGGCUGACUUCCGUCGCGUCUUCGAGAUUGGCCCCGUCUUCCGUGCCGAGAACUCUAACACCCACCGCCAUCUCACCGAGUACACCGGCCUCGAUAUCGAGAUGGCCAUUGAGAAGGACUACCACGAGGUCAUCUACGUCAUCGACGACUUCCUGAAGGCCGUCUUCGAGGCCGUUUACUCGCUGCCCGAGAUAGAGCUGCUGCAGAAGCGCUGGCCCAGUGGCGAGUUCAAGUGGCUCGACGAGACCCUCAUCCUUGACUUCCGCGAGGGCAUCCAGAUGCUGCGUGACGAUGGUAGGGACGUCGAAGAGGAGGAUCUCUCCACGCCCGACGAGAUCCGCCUUGGCCAGCUGGUCCGCGAAAAGUUCGGCACCGACUAUUACGUGCUCGACAAGUUCCCCACGAGCGCACGUCCCUUCUACACUCACAGAGACACCGAGGACCGCACGCGUACUCGCUCGUUCGACAUCUUCAUCCGCGGCCAGGAGAUCUGCUCGGGCGGCCAGCGUAUCCACGACCUCGAAGAGCUCCGCACCAACAUGCUGGCCUACGGCAUGUCUGACGAGGGCAUGGAGGACUACCUCAUGGCCUUUGAGCUGGGCGCCCCACCCCACGCCGGUGCUGGUCUGGGUCUUGAACGUAUCGUCGCCUGGAUGCUAGAGCUGGGUGAUGUGCGUUACGCCUCGCUCUUCCACCGCGACCCCAAGUCGCUUCCCGAGCACAAGCUGGGCUUGCCCCACCCCGAGGCCGACACGACCAAGACCCACCCCGACGAUACGAUGCCACCCCUGGAGAAGCUGAUUGCCAACUACGGUGAUGCGUCCAACACGUCGUGGCUGGAUGACCGCUUUGAGCUCUGGCGUCACCCCACCGGUGCUGCCGUUGGCUACGUCAAGCAGGAGAAGUUUGUCAUGGUGACGGGUGACCCGCUGUGCGACAAGAAGCAGUACCGCGAGAUCUGCAAGGCCUUCAUCACUUUCGCGACAACCGAGCUCCACCUGACGCCCAUCUGGAUGCUGGUCUCGUACGAAGUGCAGCUCAUCCUGGGGCACGACAUGCAGUGGCGCACGCUGUCGUGUACCGAGGAGCAGCGUGUCGACACGGACAAGCACCGCAUCAACGGUAACGGUCCCAAGGCGAGGCGCGUGGAGCGCGAGGGCGUCAAGAUCCAUGAGAUCAAGCCCGAUGCCGACUUCAAGACACGUGCCGACCACGCCAUCGAGGAGUGGAAGAGCGCGCGCAAGGGCAAGCAAGUGCACCUGACCGAGGUGCGCCCGUGGGUGGACCCGGAGCACCGCCGGUACUUUGCGGCCGAGAAAGACAACAAGGUCCUGUCGCUGGUGGUGCUGCACAAGCUUUCUCCCCGCCACGGAUGGCAGGUCAAGUGGGCGCUCGAUUUCCCGCACUCGGUCAACGGCGCCAUUGAGGUGCUGGUCGAGUACGCGCUGAGCAGCGUCAGCGGUCAGGUGACGUUUGGCGUGGGCGUGUCGGAGAAGCUGACGCCCGGCGAGCACAUGAAUGGAAUGCGCGCGCGCUUCCUGGCCAGCACGUACAAGUCGAUUGUCGACAGCCUCGGCCUGCGCCGCAAGGCCGACUUCCGCUCCAAGUUUGGUGUGCUGGGCGAAGAGGUGUACAUUUGCUACCCUAAGCACGGUGUCGGACUGCGUGAUCUCCAGCAGAUUAUCAAGUUCUUCCAGGAUUAA